AUGCCUGGUAGUAGUGGUUGUAACGCUCCCAAUGUCGGCGCUGUUGCAAUUGCUGGGACGUCAGCAGUUGGUUCUACUACCGGCGCCGUCACGGUCAGUAAUAAUAACGUUAGCGGUAACGUCGUGCCGUCAGAUGCACGCGAUGCAUGGAGGAAUGAGCAGGCUGUGGUGGCAAAUGAAGGGGCGAGGCAUGCCGGCAUCAUGGACGCUGGGUCGUUGGGAGGAGCGCACCUUCAGCAGCAGCAGCAGCAGCAGCAGCAAGGGGUGAAGCAGCAGCAGCAGGGGAGGGAGUCGGUGAAGGAACAUCAGGGGGUGCAGUGGGGAGGGUAUCGCCCUGAAAUGAGCCAUUCGCCUGACCCUGGAUGCGUCCCUUCACACCUUCAUGAUCGCUCAAACCCCCCACAUCAUGUGGACUUUCGGGAACCGCAUCAGACUCUUCAGCAGCAGCAGCAGCAUCAACAGCAGCAGCAGCAGCAGCAGCAGCAGCAGCAUCAACAGCAGCAGCAGCAGCAGCAGCAGCAUCAACAGCAGCAGCAGCAGCAGCAGCAGCAGCAGCAGCAGCAGCAGCAGCAGCAGCAGCAGCAGCAGCAGCAGCAGCAGCAGCAGCAGCAGCAGCAGCAGCAGCAGCAGCAGCAGCAGCAUCAACACCAGCAGCAGCAGCAGCAGCAGCAGCAGCAGCAGCAGCAGCGUAGCGCUCAUCAGCACGAGGUGUUGGAAGAGCAGGGUGUGGGGGGGGAGGGUUCAAUGCAAGCGGCUGUGGGAAACAAGCGGCAGAGGGAGGGGGAGCAGCGGCAGACGCCAUGUGCUGUGACUGGGUGGCAGCAGCAGCCGGUGCAGGAGCGCGUGGGAUUGUCGGUACAGGCGACAAGGGGAACGGCAUCACCAGGGGCAUUUAUGAGCCGAAGCGUCAGCGAAGCCGCACUGCCACUCCGUCUCCCCCACCUCCCCUCCCCAUCACCCCUCAUGCCCCAACCUCCCCCCACCACCUCCUCUCUUCCUCCCCCACCUGGUAACCAUCACCCUCAACAAUCACCCCUCGUUACCAGCACCUUCAAUACAGUCACAACCAAUCCAGACCCUCCCCCUGCCCCGUCCGCUGCCCCCUCUUCCUACCCUUCCGCCACUCCUAUGACUGCUCCUUCCGCUGCUCACCUUUCCCCUUCGGAACUUCCCCCCGCCGCUCCCCCCAUCAUCCCCAUUUCAGAAACUCCCCCUGCCGCUCCCCCUAUCCCCCCCACUUCACGAAAUUCCCCCACCGCUCGCCCCAUCUCCCCCUCUGCGCUCCUAAGCGCGCUCUCCUCCCUCCAAUCCAAAAUAUCCGCGUUACAAGUGCUGGUUCCGCUAGUGGCACAAUCCGCGCCGUCAGAGGCGCUACAGCAGCAGCAGGAGGUGGCAGCAGUGGGGGUAGCGACGGUGAUACAGCAGGUGGCGGCGGCAGCAGUGGGGUUGCUGCCGCCCCACCUGCAGCAACAGCUUGUGGUGCCGGAUAUUGCCGGGGUGAGGCCAAGUCUCAGAGGGGAUUGCGGUGGGGAAAGGGAAGGACAGGUGAACUGCAGCACGCUGCACGACGAAGGAUUGCGGUGGGGUGCGGUGCUGGCAGGUGGAGAAGGGGGGUUGGAAGGCGGGAGAAGGGAUAGUGGAGACGGGCGUGGGGUUGGGGGUGACAUGAUGGCAUGGGGUGGUGGUGACGUCAUGCGUGGUGCAGUGAAAGAGGAAGUGCAGGCCAUGGAUGACGUCAGCAUGGGUGGUGGUGACGACAUCGAGGGGACGCCCAUGCUGUUGCGUGGAACCUAUUAUGGGGCACCUGAUGGGGCACCUGACGUGACACCUGAUGGGGCACCUGAUGGUGCUGGAUAUGAUGGUGGUGCAAUGGCAUGCCAAGCGGUUGUUGUUGCCACGGCUUCACAUGGUAACCGCAUGGUAUCAAGUGGUAACACCAGAUCAUCGCAUGAUGACGCCAUGGUAUUGUAUGAUAAUGCCAUGGCAUCUCAGGGGAGUGGCAUGCCGCCCAGUGUCAGCAUGGGCGGCGCAAGCAGCAGUCAGGGCGGCAGCAGUGGUAUGGGCGGCAGCGUUCUGGGCGGCAGCGGAAUGUGCGACAGCGUUUUGGGCGGCGGCAGUGUUUUGGGCGGCAGCGGCGGCAUGUGUGUGAGGAGAGGCAGGAUACGGGGGGGUAGAGGAGGGAGUGGGGGAGGGGGGAGGAAGGGGGGCGGCGGAGGAGUGAGAGGAGGAGGGAGGGGGGGGACAAGAGGGGGAAGAAUAUUACCUGAAGCAAGUAGGGAAGAGGAAGAGAGUGAGGGGCAAGUGGUAAGACGAUCAAAACUUGGAAUUUCAGUGAAGGCUGAGAGUCAACUGGGUGGUGGGCGUGGGGAGGAUGAAGAAGAGGAGGAUGAGGAUGAGGAUGAGGAUGAGGAGGAAGAGGGGGGGAGGAGCAGUGAAGGGGUGACACGUGGCGAGUUUGAAUUGGUGGAGCUGCAGGUCGACGAGCUUCUGGCAGAGCACACGCUGUUCUGUGAGGUGGACGAGCUUCUGGCAGAGCACACGCUGUUCUGUGAGGUGUGUGGGAAGGGCUUUAAGCGAGACGCCAACCUCCGCAUGCACAUGCGCGGCCACGGGGACGCCUACAAGGGUGCCACCUCCCUCUUCCAAUUCCCAUCUCUCGGCUUUAAGCGAGACGCCAACCUCCGCAUGCACAUGCGCGGCCACGGGGACGCCUACAAGGGUGCCACCUCCCUCUCCCGCCCCGCGCUCUCCGCCGCCCGCUCCGCCGACCACCCCGCCGCCCGCCCUCAACGCUACAGCUGCCCAGAGCCCGGAUGCAAGCGCAACCAGCAGCACCCGGAUUUCCAGCCUUUGAAAACGAUUCUGUGUGUGAAGAAUCACUACAGGCGGACACACUGUGCGAAGCAGUACACGUGCAGCCGGUGCGGUGUGAAGCAGUUUGCCGUGCUGGCUGAUCUGCGCACCCAUGAGAAGCACUGCGGCCGGUCCUCCUGGAAAUGCUCCUGCGGGUCGUCCUUCAGGUGGGUUCAGGUGGAGUCAGCCGAAAGGACAAGCUACUGGGCCACCUCUCUCACUUCACCGGCCACCACGCCAUUGCUGCCAACCCCUCUGUCUUUUGACUUUAUUCAAACCCCUACCCGCCAACCUUCCUCCACCCCUCCCGCUUCCCUAUUUCCCGUUUCCCCUUCCUCUUCCCUCAUUCACAGCCGCAAGGACAAGCUACUGGCCGAAAGGACAAGCUACUGGGCCACCUCUCUCACUUCACCGGCCACCACGCCGUCGCUGCCGGCCCUUCUGACUGCCCUUCUCCCAGCCAUGGCUCGCUACGCCGUCGUCGCCUUCGCUCUCCUCGCCCUCUUCGCCGUGUGCCACGCGCGGCCCGCGCCGAUCGACGACGAUAUCACCGAUAACACCGUUGUCCCCAACCUCAAGGGACUCUCCCGGGAGAAGAUUCAGGAGCUUGCGUUGACAGAUCUGGCCGCAUGGGACGAGGAGGACAACGGCGUGAGUGCCGCCGAGGCCGAUAAGAUUGUCGUCGAUGAGGACAACACCGUUGCUGCCACUGACGACGCCGCUGACGACUCCGACAAUACCGUGGCUGCUACAAGCGAGGAUGUCGUCGAUUCCGACAACUCCGUCGUCGCGUCGUCCGCGGACGUCGCUGAUGACGACAACACCGUGGCUGUUGCCGAGCCUGCUGACUCGGACAACACCGUGGCUGUUGUGGCUGCCGAGCCUGAGGAUGACGUUGUUGCCGUGAUGCCCGAGGACAACGUUGCUACCGCUUCCGCCGCCAAGUCGACUGACAUGGGUAUCGCCAUGGUUGUGUAA